AGAUGAUGUGUCAUUUUUGGACAAAUCUUUGGCUUCCAGUCCAUUCAAAGCGCCCCAUAUAUUGCGGCAGUCGUGGCUACCGCGAUAUGUGGGAAGAGUUGCGACAUGGGAGCAGGUGCUAUGUCAGACGACAUGUCGGCAGUGCAGCUGCUGAGGGCAGUUGGGAAGCUGUGAAAGAAGUUUACCAGGUGGCUGCAGUCGCUGGUACGUUGCUGAGCUGCAUUUGGAGGACGAGGUCAUCGACUGCUCCAAAGCGAUUCUUCCUUUACCUUCACGGAUUUCCUGAUCAAAGUUUAGAUCACCGGAAGGAACAUCCAGAGAGCUACGGCCAACUGCGACCCCAACUGCCCCGGCGUUUGGCCGAGAAGUUUCUGAGCGCCAGACCUGAUAGCGCCUUUGUGGCCUUCAAUUUCUCGGGCACUCCAGGAUCAGAGGGCCUCAGUUUCUACCAGAAGACCGUGAGCCAAGAGGUGCAGGAUUCUCUGUGCAUGAUCGAGUACUUGAGGUCCAUCAACGAUGUGCCAGUGCAUGUGGUAGGGAUAUCCACAGGUGCCAUCAUUGCCACUUUGCUCUUUGGCAGCGCAUGUGCGGUUGUAAGGCUACGAGAGCAACAGCUGCCCAAGGUGACCCUGACGGCCAUCGCAGGGCUUCUGGAUGUGGAGAAGGGCUUGCACUACGACUUCGAUAAAGAGCAGUUGGCAUCAUUUGAUUCCCAAGGCUUUUGCUUCAAGGAGUUCUGGUUACCCCCGGGCUCCAGUUCCAACCCGCCCGAUGCAGUGAUUGCAGAAGUCCCUGAGGCGGCAGAGGAGCCUUGGAUAAAGUGUGCCAUUCCACUGUCGGCCGCCUACCGUGAAGAUUUCCUGACCUUGAACGUGGCAAGGGCUGCAAAAACCACUGGAACCCCCCUGUUGAUCCUCCAUGGGGACCGCGAUCGCAGCGUGCCGUUGGAGACGCUUGGUGGAUCUCGCUGCUACGGUGCGGACGCAGUGGGGAGAAAUAUGCAGAUUGAAGUGGUAUGCUGUGUAGUUUGCUUAUGA